AUGUUGAUCAAAUACGUUACUUUAUUGCUUUACAUCCAGUUGGGGUUCACCUUACUUAUUCCACAUGUUUUGAAACCGCGGAUAUUUUCAUUAAGGUCAACCAAACAACGAUUACAAGCAACCAUAAACCCUUUGGUCCCCACCAGGAAAUUCAAAAAGGAUUUUUCCAUCUUCAGCUCGACCGAUGAGAGCGGUAGUGGCGCUGAGGAAGGCUACGUAAACAAUACGAGUGCCAACUUGACAGCAAAUAAUAAUUUUGUGAUAAUUCCUAAAGAGUUGAUUAACCCAACCAUGUUCUCGACGUUGGGAUUGAAUAAAUUGUUUGAUUUGGUUGAUGAUUUUCAUCUGGAGCAUGGCGGCCUGAAAUGGAUGAAUUUUAGCUUGGAGGAACAGAUCUAUAUUCCACAUGAGUUCAAGACGUACUUUAUAUUCAACACGAGCUCAAUCAAGCAGAGUAUGGGAUUGGACACAAUUCGUCAGAAACAGCAGCAGCAACAACAACAACAACAACAAGAGCAACAGCAACAGCAACAACCUUUCAGCUCACACACAUUGAACAAGUUUUUACUGCAUAUCGUUCCAUUUGACAUACCUGAACUAGUUGAACUUGUUGACUACUACAUGGUAUUGCCCAAUUUGCCUCAUUUACUGAAUUUAACAUCAUCGAUAUACCAUGAAGGGUUAUUGAGUUAUCCGAUGCUGCAGUUGCCCGUGUUUCGGACACAAAUGAGUCACAAUAAGCCAUUGAUUGUGUUUAUGUUUAAUGAAACUGAUGGUGCAAAUAGCUUGAUCAAUGAUGCAUCAGUCUCACCGUCAAAACACCAACAUAAUCAGCAUAAACUAGACCCAUCCUCAAAAUCAACAACCCAGAUUAUGUCCAUCAAGAAUUACUUGAAAUCGCCCGCUCCAUUUUCAACUUUUUUCGACAAGUUUGCUCGCAAUUGGAUUAAUCAAGUGGAUUACGACUCAUUGAUUCAUUCAGUGUUUUGCAACGUCAAUAGUCAAGAUGAAGAUCAUAGCUUUUGCUUGCGAUUGCGUAACCAAGUAGUUGACGUUGUUCCCGCAUUCAAGAAAUUUGUCGCCAUGUCCGACCCCAAUGUCGUUGCGGAUACAGUUGCAUCCCAAUUGAAACAAAAUGAGAAAAGCUACUCUGCAAGCCUAAGCAAUAACCUCAGCGACAAUCAUGAUGACAUUACAGUACAAAGCCAAGCGGUUAGACAGGUUCAUGACAAAUUACAAGCCAAAAAACAUGCCUUGACUAUGGCUGGCACCACUGGGGUCAAUUUGAUCCGUGAUCCCAAGCACGUGUUGCACAAAUUGGAUGAUUACAUUGACAACAAAUUAGAUGAUCAAAUGGAUAAACUUGGUAACAAGAAGUAUGAAAUUGCCGAGUCACUCGAUGACAAGAAAGAAGCCGUGUUAAUCUCACUCGAUUCCAAAAAGAGUUCGGCAUUCGAUUCAGUACGCGAUGCAAUGAGUGAUAAAAAAUCAGCCUUAUUUGAUGAAUUCGAUGUUGCUGUAGAGGGGGGGAAAUUUGUGUCUUUGAUUGAUGAUAAACGACAACAGGUCUCUGAUUUGAUUCAGCGUAAAAAGAAUGAUUUGCAAGAGUGGGAGUUCAAGCCACAAUUGUUUGAAAAGAAGAAGGAAAAGAGUCAGGACAAGAACAACAGCAACAAGGGUCAGGGUGUCAUUGAUAAAUUGAAACUGAAAUUGAGCCGUGAUGGAUCUGAUGACGAUGACUAUGAUUCCGACUACGACCAUCCCGCUUUAUAUUCUGAUCACUCUGAUGGCGAAGACCGCUACGACAAGCACAGUGAUGAUGGGAAGGAGUAUGUAAACAAGAGGAGCAUGAACUCCAUUGACGACACUCGUCUCGAUUCGUCUAGGGAAAGAGACCUUCAUGACGCAUCCAUACAACCUGGAGUCGGUGACUAUAUCGAACAAGGAGGCUUUUCAUUGCCGUUAUCAUUACUAAACUAUAAAGGGCCAUCGAACAAUAACGCAAAUACGGCUCUCUUUGAUACCGAUGAUGUUGUUAACGAGAUCGAAUCCAAUAAUCAACCACCGAGGAAAACCACCUACAGCCAAGUUAUGAAUUUGGACACGAUGUCACCCAUGAAUCAAAAACGGUCAUCGGACGAGGAGGAGAAGGAGCCAUGCCAACCAAUAACAUGGUACAAUAUCUUCCAUCACAGUGUUUUCGGUGAACCCAACUUUUGCAAAGAAUGA